AUGCGUAUCGCUACACUACAAUUUGAUUCUGCCCUCGAGGAUGUAGAGAGCAACAUCAAAAAAGCUGACAUGCUCCUAUUUUGCCACAAAGACAGACUGGAAAAUUUGGACUUACUUGUAUUACCAGAACUAGCAUUCGCGGGCUACAAUCACAAGUCGUCCAUAGAUAUUGAACCUUUCCUUGAGCCAACAGGCGCCGGACCAUCGACGCUGUGGGCUAAAAGGACUGCACGAAAUCUGCAUUGUACUGUGGCAGUGGGUUAUCCUGAAAACGACCUUUCAGGUAGUGAGCGGCGAGCGUAUAACUCUCUGGUAUUCGUCGACGGAACAGGCGAGACUGUUGCCCAUACUCGCAAAAGUUUUCUCUACUACACAGACGAGACAUGGGCAUCAGAAGGUCAAGGGUUCUUUGCUGGCGAUAUGCGGCUAGGAUCCCCCCUAGAAGCUAAGAAGGUAGCUGCGGGCAUCUGCAUGGACAUAAAUCCUUAUAAAUUCGAAGCACCAUGGACUGCGUACGAAUUUGCAAAUCACACGAUCGCUUCGAAAGCAGAACUCGUGGUGCUUUCUAUGGCAUGGCUCACUCGACUGUCAACAAUCGAACUGCAAGGGCAAGACAAGCAACCUGACCUGGAUACUGUGGGCUACUGGCUCGAGAGGAUGAGACCAUUGCAGGGUCCUAAUGGACCUGAAACGGAGGUGAUUGUUGUCUUUGCUAAUCGCUGUGGUGAAGAAGGAGAGUCGCCAUUGAUCGGACCAGUGAGAUAUGCAGGAUCAAGCACGGUCAUGGGGAUCUCGCGAGGGGAUGGCAGGGUGGAUGGAGAGGUUCGCAUCUGGGAUAUGCUGGGGAGAGCGGAAGAGGGGGUGCUUAUCGUUGACACCAUGGACGACGCAAGAUAUGGACUAAAGAGAUCACUGCCGGCCGAAAGUCUGAAUGGAGAUAAAGAUCCAGCUAGCUCCGACCAGGACUGA